AGCGGAUUUCAGCCGUGUUUCAAUUGUAAGCUCACGGUCUCGAAAAUUACAGCUAUAUUUCAGAGUCGAGUUGCUGUAGUAGAUGCAAUUCACGCUCUCGCAUCUCGUAGAUCACGCGAGAUUCUCUCUGGUGCUCAUUCGAAAUCAUCUUGUGGGAAUCCAUCGAGCCACGACGAAGCCUUCGAGUUACGUUCCACACCACGGAUUGAAGAGGAUUCGGCUUGAUGCCGUCGAGCGUAGUCGUAGUUGAAGUCGGAUCAAUUCAUAAGAACGAUCGUCGUCGAAGGGGAUCGGUUUGAAUUUUAUAGAAUCAAAUUGAGGAAUUCGUGGAAAUCUAAUAUUUUACAUAUUCAGUGUGAGAUAUACAGUGGAAAGAAAAAAGAGAUUCAACAAUGUGACGUAACUGCGCGGCAUGAUAAUAGAUAGGAACGUUAACCACCUGCGUUUACGAUCAGAUAAACAGAUCGAAAUCGUGCCCCAAGAUCGACAAAUAAAAAACGCGUUUAACAAAAAGUUUGGUGUCUGGUCUUCACUGCGAAAUUCAAUCAGUAGCAAGGAUGAAAAUGGAGGCAGAGCAUAGGUUAGAGCAGUUGAAGAAGGCGACGGAUAGAAUACAGAAGGAGAUCGAAGAGGUCACAGAGAGGGAGCACGAGCUCAGAAACGUGGGUAGCAUUAAAACCACGUCCCACGAGACGGUGGAUUCCAAGGUGCGCCGCAUGCCGCAAGCUUUAGCCUCGGGAAAGCUGAAGAGAACAACAUCUACACCGCAAAUCCUGGAAGCGGUCAACUUAACAUCAUCUACGCCAUCCUUAACGCCAAAGAUGACGAAUGGAGUGAUAUCCAGUCGCACUACUCCAACACCGCUGCGUUUCGCAACGACACCUAGUCAGAAAGGACUGAUGCAUAGGUUUUUAGCAACCCGGGGAAAGAUUUAUAAACCAAAAUCUGCAACUAAUGACGCACUGACACAACCCACGACACCCAGUAUCACGCUUAAUCCGUUAAGUAUCAAAGCUUUCAAUAGGAGUUUGGAAAUUCAAUUCGAACCAGAUGAUGAACCCAAGAAGCCUCUGGUUAGAAAAGGAUAUGUUCCUGUGGAAGAAAAAAUUCAAAAAGAAUUGCAAGAAAUGAAAGAACGAGAAAAUGAACUUAGAUUAAUGCGAUCACAAAUGUUGGCGAAGUCACAACCAAAUCUUUUGGAUAUUGGAAACGACAACGAUUCCGAUAUUUAUGAUGGUUCGAGUUCGUUAAGAAGCGGUACUUCGACAAAUACUUUGAACGAAGAUGAAAUAGAAAAAGAAACUAAAGGAAAACAUAAGCCUAAUCCACGACGUCGAAGCACUCUCAUCGCGCAAUGGGAAAAUUUAAUAGCUGCAAAAAGAGAGUCUAGUGACAAUAACAACGAGAACGACUUGAAUUUUUAAAAGAUUUCAUUACUUUGUAAAAAAUAAGCAAUCGAUGUUUAUGCUCGUUGUUAUACUAUUCCUUUCAAGUCAUUUCUAAAUGAUUUAAAUGAAUGGUAAAUAUAUAAAUACAUAAGCCUCCAAACG